AUGCUGUUGAAGUUAUGUAUUCUUUCUCUCGUUACAGAUAUGCCUUUACGGCGAAUAACUCUUAGUGGUAGACUAACUGCCAGGGAAAGUAAUGAAGUUUGGAAGACGGUAGCCCGAGGGAUUAUAUGUAUGAUAUUGGAUAUUGCGAUCACUUUGGGUGUUUCAAUAUCUCUCUUUUAUAUGUUUGCAGGGUAUGUAGUAUCACCAUAUGAGCGUCCUCUUCCCUGCAAUGAUGAGUCCAUAAAUAUGCCUUUCAAACCAAAUACCGUGCGGAUGAAGCAUCUGCUUGCUGUGGCACUUGGCACACCUUUCUUCAUCAUUUGCUUUGUUGAAGCUUUAGUGUAUCGGCACUCACAGGGACCUAACAAACUUGCUAAUUAUUUCGUCACAUCAACACUUCUUUACCUGAAGUACGAGCUAACAUUUGCGCUUUGCGUGUUUCUUAUGGAAUAUUUGAAAUGUACGUUUGGACGAUUACGCCCUCACUUCCUUGCAGCUUGUCAGCCUGAUUGGUCACAAAUGGAUUGCACGGGGAAGGACUCCAUUCCAGCUUCUCAAACAUACUGUACGUCCGACGUCCGCCGUGUUCGUACAGCCCGAACCUCGUUCCCUUCCGGUCAUACUGCUGCAGCGUUUCAUGUUUUGCUUUUCUUAGGGUUAUAUUUAACCAGGAUGGCGAAAAUCACUGGUAUACCUUCUGUGUACAAAACUCGAAAUGUGCUGUUGGCUAUCUUCUCUAUUUGGGCAACGUUUACUGCUAUAACGCGGGUAACCGACUAUUGGCAUUAUCCCACUGAUGUAUUAGGUCAGUGUCUUUCUUUAUGGCUUUCCUUUGUGCUAUUUCUGUGA